CCAAGCUGGGGCUGUGUGGAGCACGCGGGUUGGGCAUAGAGCUGCUACCUUGUUGUUCUGUUUUCCAGUCAGCUCGUUUUAGAGCGCUUGCAACGUUGAGAGCUUUCUCCGUUUGCAACCCAGAGAGCAAACCCAGAGAGAGCGUGCUCUGCGGCGCGAGACUGCAGCGCAAACAAGACCGACGCAUACAAGCGAUGGACAACAUCGGCGUCGUCCGCCUGAAACUCACAGGCUGCGGCCAAUCGCUGGAGCUCGAGGUCGAGAACGGCGAGACCGUGGGGAGACUCCUCGAUAAAUGCGCGGAGGAAAUGGGCGGAGGCGUCUCGAGACGCCACGUCAAAUUGGUCGCGCGCGGCAAGAACCUGGACGAGUCCUCGGCGCAGUUAUCGCUCGAGGCCGCCGGCAUCCGGGACCGGACGUCCGGCGCCCGGCGUCCUCCGAGGGGCCUUCACGCGUCGGUCAGCUCAUACGCCAUCGACGCGACGUUUCCACCGCGCAGGAAGAUGAUGAUCAUGCACACGGCGCACUAUCACGCGGAGAAGGCGGGCGUGCAGAAGCUCGCAGAGCUGGCCGCGCGCGCCGACGCGGUCGCGGACCCCGCCAGCGCUGCGGGCCAGGAGAUGCUGACACAGCUGCUCUGCGAGGUCGACGGAGUCGACGCGGGCGGGAGCGAGUGGCUCCGCGCGCAGCGCAAGGCUCUGGUCAAGAGAUUAUCCGAGCGAUGACAUUAACAUUCACAAAC